AUGACCUCUUCCAGUAGCACACAACCACAACUUCCACAGCAACCUCAAGUUCAACAGCAGCAACCUCUUCACAUUCAAGUGGUACAGGCACAAGAUUCAGUGGUAGGACAAGCAGUGAGAUGGAUAUUCAUGAUUCUUUUCUGCAUGCAACUGUUCUUGAUUUCAGCCUUAGUGAUUUUCAUCACCAGUGUAUGGAAUUGGAGGCGCGAGAGGAAACAGAACCACACAAGCAGACAUAUACAUCUUACUGAUCAUUCUGAGCCUUGGAUGGACUAUGCAGGUUAUGAAGAAUGCAAUGCGGGUAACAAUUUCAUGGGUCCAGUAUACACGUUCUACAGACCAUAUUGGCAUGAACACUAG